ACUGUAAAUCUGUGAUCCUUUGACCGUCUCAGUUGAAGAGUGGCAGAGAGACGCGCGUACAGGGGAUUGGGGAGCCGAAGAAUCAGAUCUAAAAAUCUAACAUUUCUAUUUCCAUCAUCAAUACAAGAGUGAAGACGAAGCACCCGCUUGCUAUCUGAGUAGUGAAAAUGGUGAAUAACUGUGAAAUCUGCUGUGAGAUACUGAUAGCAGUAUUACUUCCUCCAAUCGGAGUAUGUUUCAGGCAUGGUUGCUGCAGUGUUGAAUUCAUAAUCUGCUUGCUCUUGACUCUGCUUGGGUACAUUCCAGGAAUAGUCUAUGCUCUUUAUGCCAUUGUUUUUGUGGAUCGUGACCAGUACUUUGAUGAAGCAAGGCGUCCUCUGUACGCGUAGUAGU